GACACUGCACAAACAGCUGCAACCAAAGCAGGUGGUUUUGAGGCUCCCUGAGCCUGGGCCUCUGAUCCAUUUGGAGAAAUCGCUUCUUAAGCGAUAGGUGCAGUGCUAUCCUGCGAGGAAACCAUGGAGCCCCAAAGACAGAGGGUGAAGACAACACUGCCAUUGUACUUAGGAAGGUACCACAUUUCUGAAGACUGUGGCUUUCUUCUUCCAAACCCUCUGAAAGAACUUCCAGAUCAUUACAGGCCAUGGAUGGAAAUCGCCAACAAGCUUGUGCACUUAAUUGAGAGUCACCAGCUUCGAGCUCAUGUGAACAAGAUGCCCCUGCUGAGCUGCGAGCUCCUGAGGACUUACCGGGAGCAGCGCCUGGCGCACCUGGUCCUGGGUUUCCUGAGCAUGGGGUACGUGUGGCAGGAAGGCGACACGCACCCUCAGAAGGUGCUGCCCAGAAAUCUUGCUCUUCCCUUUGUUGAGGUCUCCAGCAUCUUGGGGCUCCCUCCCAUCCUGGUCCACUCGGACUUGGUGCUGACAAACUGGACGAAGAAAAACCCAGAAGGACCCCUGGAAAUCAGGAACCUGGACACCAUCGUCUCGUUUCCCGGGGGAGAGAGCCUGCGCGGUUUUGUACUGGUGACGGUUUUGGUGGAAAAGGCAGCUGUACCCGGGAUUAUGGCACUCGUUCAGGCAGUGAAUGCCAUCUCACCGCCUGACCAGGACACCCUGCUUCAAGCCCUGCAGCGACUGAAGCUCUCCAUUCAGGACAUGAUCAGCACCUUGGGACAAAUGCACGAUUAUGUAGAUCCAGAUGUAUUUUAUGCAGUCAUCCGGAUCUUUCUCUCUGGAUGGAAAGAUAACCCGGCAAUGCCCAUGGGACUGAUCUACGAAGGCGUCUCAGAAGAACCCCUGCAGUACUCGGGGGGGAGUGCGGCUCAGAGCACCGUGCUCCACGCCAUGGAUGAGUUCUUAGGCAUUCGCCACAGCCAGGAAAGCGCUGAUUUCCUGUGCAGGAUGAGAGACUACAUGCCGCCUUCUCAUAGAGCCUUCCUAGAAGACAUCCACUCGGCUCCUUCACUGAGGGACCACGUCCUGUCCUCUGGCCACGGCCCCCUUCGGACAGCCUAUAACCAGUGUCUGGAGACCCUGGCAGAGCUUCGUAGCUAUCACAUCACCAUAGUAACCAAAUAUCUUGUCACAGCGGCAGCGAGAGCAAAGAGCAGGGGGUCGAGCCCUCUCCCCGGGCCACCACGGGCUUUGGAAGACAGGGGCACGGGCGGAACUCAAGUUAUGAGCUUCCUGAAGAGUGUCAGGAACAGGACCUUGGAGAUGAUCCUCCAGCCGAGUGGCUGAGCGUCUUGCCUGCUCCCCAGCCGUGCACAGCUCUUGCGGAGGGCAAGAGAAAGCGGGUGCGAAAGCGACCUCAGCCCCGUGCCUGUCUCACUCAGCUCUCCGUGGACAGCUGUCAUCAUCUCAGAUUUCACUGGAUAGGGGUGCCCCAUUCUCUUCCAACACCUAAAUUGCAACAACCAAAUACAUUUGCCAAUAAACAGAUCACCUUCUUGA